AUGUGUAGUAUACCACCAUGUCCGCCAAUGCCACCACUAAAAAUGGUGCUACCUGAUACGCAUUCUCCCACAAAAUCCGACAGUCAAAGUCCAUUAUAUACGUGUUCUGAUGUUUGUGAAUGGGCAGUAGAGCACUCUUCACUAUGGGAAGUGUGUAUCAAAUAUAACCUCUGUCACAAGAAAGAGCCAUACCGCUAUAAUUUCAUCAAUUUUGAUUCUAUUUUACAAGUUGGGCCCACGUGUGGAUUAGCCGCCCUUUCAAUGUUAGUGAAAGGAGAAGUAACUGCUGAGGAGAUCUUAGAUAUAGCAAAGCUGGAAGGUUUCAGUAAUAAUGGAGAAAUGUUCAGUUGCAUUAAUAUGGCUAAACUUGCAGAUAAAGUAAUUAGUCUAGUUGAAUUAGAUAAUGUUAAGUGUACUAUUAGAUAUGGAGGAUUAUUAAGCAAAGAAACUAUAGAUAAAAUGUUAGAAGGUGCAGUUUUACUAGUACCUUAUGACGCAGACUGCAACCACUCACCGUGUUUAAAAAAUGGACACACUGCACAUUGGGCCCUGAUUUGUGGUAUUAUUAUCACUGAGGAUGCAGGGGAGUUCUAUGACUCUUACCCUGAAAAUAUUUACGUUAUAAGUCGUCAUGGGAAGUCUAGGUUUUUAGCUGCAUGGAAUAUACAAGAUCUUGCCAAAAGUAACAGGAAUUUAUGGGAAUUUUCACCAAAGAGAGGAGUUGAUGGUUUGAAGUAUAUUUUGCCUGAGGGGGGAAUUGGUGGAAAAGAAGGCUUAAGAAACCAGUUUCUUAUGUUUGAAGGUUUAUAA